GACACUGUACCGGAUCGACGCAUGUUUGUCUUCCGCCAUCUCAAUGAGAACCUGCUCGGUUUUGUUCAGAGAGAUCUAUCGCUCAAGCUCAUCGAACGAAUUUUGAAAUGCGCGCUGCAGGGUCUUGCAGCACUUCACGAACAAGACCUGGUCCACAAUGAUACCUGCAUUUACGCUAUGACUCAACGUUUAGUCUUGGCCGUCGACGAGUCGGAGCUACUGGAAGGCGAGGACAAACUGGCAAUCGUUCUGGAACGGCAGUUAUCGUAUUUUGCAGACGAAAGUGGAUUCAAAGCAUUUAUGCAAUAUAUCGGAGCCGAAAGUGCGUGGCACGAGAUCUUCCGAGUCAUCAACAGUGGCUUCGGCAAGGACCAGCCGCGGAAACCAUUUGCCUUGUGGGACGGAAAUGGACUUGACGGUGAUUUCAAAGCUUUUAUCGGCGGCUUGACGAAUUUCGACCCGGCAAAGCGGAUGACUGCACAGCAAGCUCUGGCUCAUAGAUGGCUCGAGAAUGUCUGA